CACAGGCCGCGGUCACCGAGGACGAUGUCUUGGCAAAAACACACUUUUCUCUGGAUCAUCUUCUGUGCUACAUGCCAGAUAAUGUGUGAACAGCAAAAAUCCAAAGCCUGUCCAGCUAUAAAACUGACAUGUAAUACGCUGAAUGGGAACCGAUGCAAAAUGAAUGGCAAAAACUACCCAUCUACCGAUGGAAAAUGCAAAACGCCAUCAGGAAAACCAAUUCAAUUAAAAAUAACAAAAGGACGGGGUUUAUCAGGCCUAUAUAAAGUAAUAACGAAUGAGAUCAUUGACCCAGACGUGUUGUUCCUGUCAGAUCAGCUGCAAAAUCUGCGAUCAGUUGACUGUACGAAUUUAACAGGGCACUCUGGACAACCAGUCGUGACAAUCAUCGAUACCGGAAGCGAAUAUCUUCUGCAUGUGAAAGGGACUCAAGCUGUGUGUGUUACAUGCAGCAGUCCAUCUCUGACCAUCAAUUCAUCAACGCCAUCGACUUCAACAGCAACCAUCAGUGCUUCAGAAGCGUCAGAUUUAAUGAGUGGCUUUGAGACCAUAGUGGACGAAAUGGAGAAAAACAAUGAAAGUACUGAAGAGAUUGUCAUGGAAGUUGUUAAAGGUCUCGUGUACAGACAGGACAGGAACACAGAACCCAAAGACGUCACCAUGUUCUCCUCAUCAGAUCAGGAUGAGAUAAGUGUUACUCAAAAUAUCGGGCAGAAACAGUAUUCCUGGUUAGUAAAAAUCUCAGCGGAGGCAUUCAAUAAAUCCCGUCUGGAAAACAACGGAAGCGCAUUUGUUGGAGUUCUUCAGUUCAAAAACAUGGACGUCAAUGAAGAAGAUCAAAAUCACACUGUUUUGAAUAAUGAGGUUUAUGGAAUAUCGAUGGGAGCCAAUAUCUCAAAUCUUACUGACAAUAUUGAGAUAAUCAUCCGAGCUGGAAAUCUGGUUGUUGAAAAUCCUUCGGUUUGGUCUUGCAAUUCCUGGGACGGCAGAGGAAACCUGAAGUGGACAACAUUCGGCUGUGACACACAAAUAAUCAACAUGACAAUCAUCAAGUGCUCAUGUUCACAUCUGACGUUCUUCGCGGUGCUGAUGUCGAUUCCCAAUGCAGACAUCCCCUCAUCUCAUGUGGACUCAUUGACUUAUAUCUCUUCUAUUGGUUGUGCUUCAUCCAUGUUUUUUCUGGGCAUCGCUCUGUUCAUGCAUUGCUUGUUACGGAAAAACAAAUCGAGCCAGUCCACGAAGAUCCUGAUCAAUAUGUUUGUGGCUUUAUUUACGCUGAAUUUAUCGUUUUUGUCCAACGAGAGCAUCGCCGACACACAGUCCAGCUCGGUAUGCACUGUCAUAGCGUUGAUCAUGCACUACUCUAUGCUGUCAACAUUCACCUGGUUCUUCCUUCAAGCUCUUCAUGUGUAUUUCUGGCUCAUCCGACAAAAUAUCACCAUCCAAAACUAUAUGAAGAAGAUCAUUGUGUCAGGAUGGGUGUGUUCGUGUCCAGUCGUUGUGAUUAUCGCUGCUCUCGGAGAAUACAAGUCAGUCGUCAUUCAAUCCACGGCUGAAAAAACAACACGAAUGUGCUGGAUCACAAAUCACUACAUUCACUACAUAGUGAACAUCGGCUACUAUUCCUUGGUCUUCAGUUUCACAACAGGAGUCUUCGUCAUGAUCGUCACCAAAAUGAUUCAAGCAAGAAACGUGCGCGUGGCUGAUGUCAAGAAAGCAGCGCUGAAGAAGCGUCUGCUGAUGAUCUUGAGUCUGUUUGUUCUCCUGGGCUUGACGUGGGCCGUGGCUUUCUUCAGUUAUGGAGACAUGAUCAUCCCGUCCUACUAUAUCUUCUGUGUGCUCAACUCUUUUCAGGGGUUUUUUCUCUUUCUGUAUUAUUAUCACAUUCGUAAUGAUGUCGAGGGCAGUUUCUCUGAUGAUCCCGACAGAUCCUCUUCCUCCAUUAACACUACACAAGAGAAUAUCUAAACAUAAUAGUGAAGGUGCUGUGUUUCGUGUAAUAAAGCAUAACUGUUAUAGAUUCCAUUACUGUGGUAUCUAGGGGUCAUUGCUACUGUAUAGGGGAAGAUAAAAAUAAGACAUAUUAAUAAGAUCACCUGAAUCCAUUUUAAAAGGAUUAAAAGUAAGCGAGUUUGUUUAAUAAUUCUUUUCCAUUUUUUAACAUCCUGUCUAUUUAAUCUCUGGGUUUUAAGUUGUAGGUUCAAGACAGACACUUAUGUGGUUGUGGGUAAUGUUAUUGUUAUGAAACGGUUUGACUUUUAAAUAUAUGUACUAUGGGAUGUAACAAUAUGAUCCAUAUUUUGUUAUAGCAAAAUUGUCUCAAAAUGAUCGUGGUCACAUGACUUUAUGAAACGAUAGGUCUUCCGGGCCUAACAUAGAGGAUGUCAGAACAAUAAUAGACGUUACCUUUGGCACGGUCCAUCUGAUGCAAUUAUUUUAUUUUAUAAAGGUAUUUUUAGGUCAUUUGGCUAAUUUCAUACUAUAACUCACACCUCUAAACCAGUGGUUCUCAAACUGGGGGCCCCAAGAUGGAUCCAGGGGGACCACAGAUUUUGUGGCAUUUUAUGAAAUAUAGAAAUUUAUCAUAGAUUUUAUUCAAUCAAACAUCAGAAAAAUGACACCACCAACUAAACGAAUUGAGGUUCCAGCAUUGUAUAACUGAAUGUUUUUGGUUUAAUUAAAAUUCUAAGUUUAAGAUUAUACGUCUUUAUAUGGGGUCUGCAAAGCGAUGCACUUAACACAAAGGGGGCCUUACAACGAAAAAGUUUGAGAACCACUGGUCUAAACGACAGUUAUGAGCAGUGUUGGGUAAGUUACUCUGAAAAAGUAAUUGAUUACUAGUUACUAAUUACAUAUUCAAUAGUGUAAUUAGAUUACUGUACAAAUUACUCUCUCCAAAAAGUAUUUAGUUACUUAUUACUAAUUACUUUCUAUACCCUACAUCAACCUUGAUUAGUUAAGUGAUUCAAGGAUAGGCACGAAAGAGCUCUUUUCAUUCAUUCAAAUAAACAAUAUGAAACUACAUAAAGUACACUUAUUAACUGACCAAAGUAUUACAAAUGUGAGAAUUAUACAUUAAAGCACAGAUUUUAAAGUUAGACUCUGAAUGUUGAUGUCAAUUCCACUAUUACACACAUAUAUUACACAAAGUAUUUAGUUUAAUUACAUCAAAAGUAACUGUAAUUAAAUUACCGAAAAAAUAAGAGUAAUCCCUUACUUUACUUUUUCAAGGGAAAAGUAAUUAAAUUACAGUAACUAAUUACUUAGUAACUAGUUACACCCAACACUGGUUAUGAGUAGAGGAUAAAGAAAAGAGGAUGCUUUUGGCACGCAUCAUUUGUAACGUUGCAACAAAUACCGUACCGUGGACUUUAUACCGAGGUAUUGUCGCACAUUAAGAUUUUGAUAUCGUUACACCCCUAAUGUACUAUAAUGAAUGUAUCCUAUAAUCAGUAUAUUUACCAAAUAUGAUUUCAUUUAUUUCAAAUAAUUAUAAUCACUGUUUUGAAUUAGAAUGAAACAGCA